GGCAUCUGGAAGGCUAUCUUGUCUAAAACGCUCACCAUGGACAACCAUUCAUACAACUUCCCCUCAGACUGUACCCCACUCACCAACUGUAAGUCUGCCCGUAAGCCGGCUGGAUCCACCGUGGUGAACAUGGGCAAUGCUGGCAAGAAUCCUCCCCGGGACUAUCUAGUCUGGUCGCUGUGCAACACCUUGUACGUUAACUUCUGCUGCCUGGGAUUCAUGGCUCUUGUCUACUCCAUCAAGGCCAGGGACCAGAAGACUCAGGGCAACCUACAGCUGGCCCAGGAGUGUUCAGACAAGGCCAAGUGGUACAACAUCCUGGCAGCCGGCUGGAACCUGCUGAUUCCACUUCUGGCCGUCGUCUUGCUCGUCCUUCUGCUCGUCCAUCUGGGCUCAGCCCAAGGCUCCUUUGACUUCUUCGGAGAUGACGGCUUCCAGAACUUCAUGAAACUGUUCAGCUGGUAGAUGGAAGAUAAGAAAAUGAAAUAAAACAAAAAUAGAUCAGUCUCAAAGUCAAGCCAUUCACACUAACCAGGAGAGGGUAUUUGUUUGGAUUCAGCAGAUUAGGGAUUACAUAAUAGCUCUUAAAAUUUUCACCCAGUCUAAGCCAAGUGAUAAAGGUUUAAGUGCUCCUUUUCUACAUGGAAAUCAAGUCCUGUGUUGGGCCUCCUAAAAUCUUAAAUAUUCCUAAUUCGUGAGAAAGAAAAGUAAGGCUUAUUUUUGUAUAUUAAAUUAAUGUCCUCUUUUGGGGUAUUCAACCAGAGUUACACACAAAAACACAAUACUUUUGGACCAGUGACCCAAAACUAAAACUAAUGAUAAAAGUUUAUGUUCAGUAAAAGCAACUCAUUUUUUAAAAUAAUUUGUAUUUUGAGUACUGUAGGACAUUAUUAUUAGUGCAUCCCUAAUUUUAAUGUCACUAUUAGUUCAGCUUCCACCUGCCAGUCUCCCAGACACGGUCAGUAGAGAUGUGAAGUUGAUCAAAGACUGAACAGCCUAUAAUGGAAAAGAAGGGAACAAACAGAUUUAAGAAAGAGAAAGAGUUGAUUCCUGGCUGAGAGAUUGAGCAAGCAGAUACACAUUUUUGUUGUUAUUUAUUGUAUUUAUGUGUGAUGGAAAUUUUAAUGACAGCUGAGAUUAUUUCCAGUCAGGGAUAGAAAGAGGAGACAGAGCAGAGUGAACAGAGGACUGUGGAGCCAAAGUCUGAAUGUCACGAUGAUGAGAAGCCACUUGACAAAGGACAAUCAACAUUCACCUCCCAUUGAUAGUCACUUAUUUUUCUUUUUUCAGCAGUUAUAAUUUUUUUAUUUUAUUUUUUUUUUUACAUUUUAUUACUUUUACAACCUAUUUUUUGUCAUUAUUCAUGUAUUUUAAUUAGUAUUUUGUUGUGUAAAGUAUUUUACAUCAUCUUAUUGUUGACCGUCUGUGAGUGAG